GUGUGAGUCCGUUAGGUAACCAGGGAGUGAACUUGACACUUUUAGUAAAGCAAAUGUUUUGAGACGUUGAUUUUCUGUUACUUACACCACCAAAAAGAUAUGGGUAACCGUGUCGCUCGUGAGGAUUACGAAUGGGUUUAUACAGAUCAGCCACAUGCCGACAGGAGGAAAGACAUUUUGGCAAAGUACCCAGAAAUAAAGACACUCAUGGGGCCUGAUCCCAGGCUGAAGUGGAUUGUUUGCAUGAUGGUAAUCAUCCAGUUCUUAGCGUUCUACCUGGUCAAAGACCUGGACUGGAAAUGGGUCCUGUUCUGGACUUAUGCCUUUGGCAGCUGCAUCAACCACUCUAUGACCCUGGCCAUCCACGAGAUCUCCCACAACAAGGCAUUUGGCAACAACAGGGCCAUGUGGAACCGCUGGUUUGCCAUGUUUGCCAACCUGCCCAUCGGGCUGCCGUAUUCUGCCUCCUUUAAGCGCUACCACCUGGACCACCACCGCUACCUGGGAGGAGACGGUAUAGACGUAGACAUCCCUACUGAUUUUGAGGGCUGGUUCUUCUGCACACGCUUCCGCAAGUUUGUCUGGAUCAUCCUCCAGCCUCUGUUCUACGCCAUCCGCCCUCUCUGCAUCAACCCCAAGCCCAUCACCGGCCUGGAGCUGGCCAACGUGGCCGUGCAGCUGUCCUUCAACGUGGCCCUCUACUGGUUGUGUGGAGCCAAGCCUGUGGUGUACAUGAUGGCGGGCUCCUUGCUGGGAAUGGGCCUGCACCCCAUCUCUGGACACUUUAUCGCUGAGCACUACAUGUUUCUCAAGGGCCAUGAGACCUACUCCUACUAUGGCUCCCUCAACCUGCUCACCUUCAAUGUGGGCUACCACAACGAGCACCACGACUUCCCCAGCAUUCCAGGACGUAGGCUACCUAUGGUGAAGAAUAUGAAGAGUUUGACUUCCUAA